AUGAAAUAUGGUAAGUUUUUUUUUGGAUACAAAAAUGUUUGAGAUUUAAAUGAAAUAAAAGCGGAUAUUAUUAACUUAAAACCAUUUGUUCUAAAUAAAUCAAUAUUUUGGUGUUACUUGUCGUCGAAUAGUCUAGUUAUUUAUUAGGUAUGUACAUUUUGGAACAUUAUUUUUAUUAUAAUAUUAAAAACUUCUAAAGAGACUUUAUUAUUAGUAUUAAAAAGAAGUUUUAUAUAAAACAAUUUAUUUAACAGUGGUUCCAGAAUUCUUUAGUUUAUUAUAUUAGGAAGUAUCUAUUAGGCAUGGGUAUUAUUUAACAUUUGUCCAAUUGUUUUAUAUUUACUGAAUUUAUAGUUCUAAAAGAAAACAUAUUCAAUUUUUUUAAAUAUUUAUUUGCAUAGUUAUAUAAAUGUGCAUAGGUUUAUACAAGAUGAUCCAUUUAUUAUGAUUUAGUGAUUUUCUUGCUGGAUUUUAAGUGAAUUUUAAUUCCGUGUUUUUUUUUUUUGAAUCAUUAAAUAAUAAUUUCAAUUUUGGGCAACACUAUUUAUUUUAAAUUUGAUACCAAUUUUUCAUUACAACUUAAAUGUGUACACAUUUAUGAUUUUCAAAUAGAAAUGUUUCACUACUGUUUCAAACAUAGAUUUAAAUAAAGAUAUUUGUCUAACCUUUUUGAUGUACAUAACACUUAUAUAUUGGAUUUAAUAUUUAUGAAUUAUAUAACAAGGGUCUAGAUUUAAACGUUUUAAAAUUAUUGAAUACCUAAAAUCUAUCUAUUAAAUCAAAUUUCAUGAAAACUAAUUUUUUUAAAAUAAUAUUUUGAAUAUCUAAAAUUUAAACUAUUAAUUUGUAUAAUGUGUGCAUAUUGUACACUUAAAACUAAUAAAUGGCAAAAUAAAAUUUUAAUUUUGAAGUAUACAUUACAUUAAUCAAAUUAUGUACAUGGAAAACAUUAUUUUAGAUUACUCUUCAAAAAAUGAACUUUUAUUUUGAAACCUGAACUCUAGUUAUAAUAGUUUAAAAUUUAGAUCAGAAGUGUAGAGAAGGGAAAUAAAUGCUUCUAGUUUAAAUUUUAAACUGUCAUAAUUUAUUAAUGGUAAAUACAAUAUUAGUGAUAUGCUUAUCAAUAUGUUUAGACAAAUAUCCUGUUUUCGAAUCAGUGUUUUAAAAAAGGGUGGUUUUAUUUAGAAAUUGAACAAGUUUACGGUAUUAGGUAGUAUAAGUAGUAGAGGUAAAAAAUUGAAAAUAAAAGCUCAAUCAAUUCCAUUAAAAUUGAAAAAAAAACUUAAAACAAAUUCACUUAAAAUCAUUUGAGGAAAUUAUAAAUAUGUAAUUAUAAAUACAUUAUGAGUUAUUUAUAGUAGAUGAACUUAAGUGUUGAAUAUAUAAAAUAAUUAUAUGGAUCUAUUUAUCUAAUAUAAAAUAGUAAUAGAUAAAUUAAUACCUACAUAGAACCAUUUUUACAUUUUAAUGUUUAUUUUUAAAAAAUAUAUAAAUAAUGUAUUCAUUAAUGAUAACAAUAUACAUUGUAUAAACAAUUAUGUUGUUGUGGACAAUUUAAUUUCAUAGAAGUCAUAAUCAGUACAUUUCUUUUGUACACAUUUAAUUUAAGAAAAAUAUAAAUAAAAUGUUAUUAACAGAAAAACAUGCUUUAUAAACAUUUCCUUAUAUGUUUGUUAAAGAGGAUUUUUUUUUUUCUAAAUUUAUGUGUGUAAACAAUUCUGUUUAUAAAUUUAUUGUUAACACAACACUUGUUAUAUGAAUAAAAAAAUAAAAUAACACUUGUUCUAAGAAAUAAUGCUAUUAUUGAAUUUAAAACUAACACAAAUAAAACCUGUUUACACUUUCAUAUUGUAGAUCAUAACAGUAUUAUUAGUUACUUUUAUAGUUAUCGUUUUGUGUAAUUUUAUGUCUGUAUUUUCCUGUAUUCAUUUGUUAAUGUUUAUAUGGAAAUACAAUAGGUUAUUUAUUUGAAAUAUACGUAAUUUUUUGCAUUAUAAUUUAAUAUAUUAAUUAAUAUUGAAAUAUUUUUAUUUUAACUAUUUAUGUUUAUUUUGAAUGAAUAUGAUUAAGGUUAAAAUUUAAAAUGUAUACUACUAAAAUUUUUAAUUAUUAUAAUUCAUAACUUUAUUUACAAAUUAUUAACUAAAAUAUAUUAUUAAUUUAUUGGUACUUGGUUACUAGUUCUUUUUAGAAUGAAUAAUAUUAUUUUAAUUUUAGAAAAAUAAUUACGGAAAUCAAAAAAAAAAAAAAAACAUUUGUUUAAAUGAUUCUUUACUAUGAAACAAAGGAAUACCCCUCCCAAUUUUAUUCCCUGGUUAAAUUGUAGUAGGAGAUUAUUUUUAUGAUGACUUAGUGCUAGCCUAGUUAGACAGAGUUGUGUAAAAAAAAAAAAAAAAAAUGGUGACAUUUUAGAUUUUAAUAGUGUAAUACUAGGUAGGUAAUUAAAUAUUUUAUAUUUUAACAAAACGUUUUUAAACAGAAAUAAUAUAUUAAUAUGUCAUAUAUAAAGUCAAAAAAUGAUCUAUAGAUUAAAACAAAAUUAUUCUAAAGGAAAGAGAGGUCAGUUUAAAAACAGGAAAAGUAAUUAUUUUUUUAAUAAUUUAUUUAGAUUUUGUUAAAAUAAACUAUUGUAUCAAAAAAAAUAAACCAUAAUAUUCAUAACUAAAAUUGUAUGAUUGUUUUAAUAAUAAAGAAAUAUUAAAUAUAUUAUUAAUAAGGGUUGUUUUUCUUUUUCAGAAAUUUUAUUUUUUAGCCGACCAGGCUUAAAAAAAAAUGCUUUAUUAACUUUCUGUAUUGGUGUAAUAUUUGGCAUAUUUUUUGCUUAUACUACAGUAUCAAUAACUGAAUGUCAUUUUAAAGAUUUUAAAAUACUUCCAUCAAAGUUUUCAUAUGAUAAAAAUAGUUACUAUGACCGCCAUUCACAUGGACAUGGUCAUGAUAAUGCAGGUUCAUUUAAUGAUUCAGUAGUAAUGAAAGAUCACAGUGAAAAUGAAACAUUACACUUUGGUAAGUAAAAAAAAAAUACAACUAAAUUAAAUUUUUUACAUUAAUUGAAUUCAAUUUUAGAUGAAGAUCUUGUUGCUCAAGAACUUAAAAAACGAAUUAGAGUUAUCUGUUGGAUCAUGACUAGUCCUAGUAAUCAUAUUAAAAAAGCAAGACAUGUAAAAGCUACAUGGGGUAAACGUUGCAAUACAUUACUUUUUAUGAGCACCGUUGAAGGUUAGAGUAUAUAUAACCUAUUACUGUUGAAAAGUAAUUAAUUAUGAUUUUACAUUUUUUAAUAAAGAUAAAAGUUUACCUUCUAUUGCUUUAUCAGUUAAAGAAGGUAGAGACUAUCUUUGGGGAAAAACUAAAGAAGCAUUCAAAUACAUACAUGAACAUUAUAAAGAUUAUGAUUAUGUACUGAAAGCUGAUGAUGAUACGUAUGUAAAAUUUAAUUUUAUAUUUAGAGCCAUCCUUACAGUGGUCCUGUAAGAACAGUCCUUAUUGUGUUAAAAUUUUACUAUUUAAACAUAAUUAAUGUACUCAUUUUACUUACUACUCAAAUGUACAUUAUAAAUGACUUUACAGUACGUAAAAACUUAUAUUAAAAUUAAAAAUACAUAGAUUAAGCAAAUAAGAUGACAUUUUAUGGAAUCCUUAAUUAUGUAACAAAUGUUUGAUUACUUUUAUGAUUAAACUUAUAAGAAUAAUUUUUUGAUCAUACAUACAUAUUUUAUACAUUCACAUUUUACACUAUAAGUAAUAUAUUCAGUAAUAUAUCAACAUCCAACAUACUAUAUCAUCAUAUUUGAUUUUAUAUGAUGAUUUAGUCAUUCGGUAACGUAAUAUAGUUAAAAAAAAUGUAGUGUUUCAUAUUUCAAACAAACAAUACAUCAAUGUCAUACAAUAAUAUUUAAAUAUGUUUUUACUUAUUUUCAGAUAUGUUAUAGUAGAAAAUUUGAGAUAUAUGUUAACUUCAUUUGACCCAAAAGAUCCAAUAUACUUAGGUUGUAGGUUUAAACCCUAUGUUAAACAGGGAUAUAUGAGUGGUGGUGCAGGUAAUUAACAAAUACUAAUUUUAUUUAGUAAAUGUAUUUUAAAACUAUAGAUAUUGCUUAAUAAAAUUAAUAAAGAAUUUUAAAUUGUUCGUUAUUGUUUAAACAUUUAAUGCAUACUAACAAAAGUAAUUAAAUUAGGGCUUGAUUAACAUAUUAACAUAGAUAUUUUAUCUUGUUUGUAAAUAUUUUUAAUUUUAUUUUAUUAAAUAAUUCAUACAAAAUAACUAAAAUAUAGGAAAAAAAACCUUAAAGACAUAAUAUAAAAAUUUACUUAUUUUAGGUUUUACCUAAAAUAUUUAUUGUUAUUUCAAUAUUUAAAAGAGCUGAUAUUAGGGAUUGGAGUGGUCACUGUUGUAAGUUAGAAGUUGGGAAGGUAUGAUACAGAAGGUUAUUUCAUUUAUAUCUAUAAGCAAAACCAUUGCUUGAUGAAAGACAAUUCCAAGCAUAGUUCGAUAAUACAUAAUUUAAAGUGUCGUAAUUUUAUUUGCGAUUAUUGUUUAAAUUUGAUUUCAAAACGCUUAUAAAAAAAAAAAUUGUUAGAUGAUUCUGGAAAUUUUACUACAUCUAUGUGUGUUCAAUAUAAGUAUUAUUACCAAGUUUCAAGUCUCUAUGUGUAUUUAUGACUGAAUUACAGCAAAAAAUUCCCAAAAAUUAAAAUUUCUUAAAAACUCAAAAGUUUUGGCAAUUAUAUCGUAAGAAAGUAAAAAAAAAAUGUGUCUUGUAAUUUUUUCGAUUAAAUCAUUUUUUCUUGUAGAAAACGUCAAUGUUUUUAUAAAAUAACGAAAAACAUGAAAUUGUACAUUUUCCUACAGUUUUUCCCACUUAUGUGCUUUUAUUUUAAAAUAUCUGUUUAAAGUACCAUCUAAACAACUUGAGCUUUCAGAAAAAUUGCUACAUAUAAAAAAUUGGAGCAAGUUUACUAGAAAAAAAACGUAUCCACAGACUAGAAGAAAAAAAAUAAACAUCUUAGUAAAAUCAAUAGCUCCCUUGCUACGCUCGGAAUUUAAAAAAUGAAAUUGUACCCUAAUGUAAUCUAAACUAAGAAUAAAUUUAGAAUGAUACAUCAAAUGCAAUCUUUAUUUAUCUUCCAUUACUUUUUAACAAGGGUUAAAUUGUGUAUUUAAUUCAUAAUUUUCACUUAUAAAUAAAUACAAUUGAAACCCAACCAAAUUUGAUGAGGUAUAAAAAACCUAUUCAAUAAGUAUAUAAAUAUAUAUAUAUUUAAGAUAUAUUUUUUGUUUUACCUAAUAUUUUCUAUUAUAUAUUUUAUACUAUGAUAAUUAUUUUAGGUUACUUGUUAAGUAAAGAAUCUGUUAAAAGAUUUGUAGAAAAAGCUUUACCUCAUAAACAGUGUCGUCAAGAUCAUGGAGGAGCUGAAGAUGUUGAAAUAGGUAAGUUUUUUAUCAUAAAUAAAUUACUUGAUUUUUAUUAUUUUGUUAUAGUAUGAUGUACUAUAACACUAGUACUCAGUGGGGAUUUUUUUCUUUUGGUGUGCCCAACUAUUAUGGGCAGGUAAGACUUUCUUUCCCAGAUUAAAUGUGAAAUUUAGAAAUUAUUCAUGUUUUUUAGUUUUCAAAUAAAGAUUUUUCCAAAAUAUAACCAGAGUUUGGUUGGGUCCCAGACUUCUAAAAAGAUGACUCUUUUUAGAAAAAUAUGAUUAUUUCAAUAAUAUUGCUACUUCACUUUAUAAUCUAAAUAUUUACUUGUUCUCAUCAGUUGUAUAUAUUUGUGGUAUUUGACUGCAUUUACAUAUUAUUAUUUUGUAUUUAGGUAAAUGCCUUCAACUGGUUGGAGUAAAAGCAAAAGAUUCUCGAGAUAAUUUAGGUCGUGGGCGUUUCUUUCCAUUUAUUCCAGAACACCAUCUUAUACCUGGACAUUCAGAUCCAAAUUUUUGGUAUUGGAAGUAUAUUUUUUACCCAAUAGUUGAGGUAAAAACAAAAUUAUUACAUAUUUGAAUAUUAUAUUAAUUUGUUUUUUAUUUUAGGGUAUGGAUUGUUGUUCUGAUACGGCAAUUUCAUUCCAUUAUGUUGAUCCUGAUAAUAUGUAUGUACUUGAAUAUCUAAUUUAUCAUUUGCGGCCAUAUGGAGUAUCUCAAAAUGUUGACCCAUCUAUCAUAAAUAAAUUAGACCUAAAAAAGGAAAGUAAUAUCACUAAGACUGAUCAGCUGACCAAUAAAACACAUCAUGUAUAAAUUUUAUUUUUAUGCUGUUAAAAUAUUUUAUUAAGUAGUUACAGUAUUUACUUUCUGUUGUAUAUUCGUAAUUAUUAAUUUAUUAAUUUAUUAGAAUAAAUAG